UCUCCGGUAAGAUAUAUAGAUCCUAGAUCCAACUCGGACGAAAACCCGCAAUCCCGAAUUUGUAUAUAAUUCAGUGUCUUGUGCAGGAUCUUGACUCGUUUGUUCGCGCAACGCCCUGUUGUGGGUGCGGCCCACGCGGCUAUGGACUCGGAUCCCGACUACGAUUCGUGGAAAUACCUACCGUUCGAGCUCGGGGAAUGCGAAGACCUCGAGAACUAUGAGCCGGGAGGCUUCCACCCGGUGCACCUCGGUGAUGUGUACGAUAGGCACUACCGAGUCGUCCACAAGCUCGGGUUUGGCGGCUUCUCCACCGUCUGGCUUGCUCGAGAAACCAUCACGAAUCGAUGGGUCGCCUUAAAGAUCGUUGCCGCUAGAGAGUCGCCUACGUACGAAGACCGUUCCGUGAUUGCGAGAAAUCCUAGCAUUGCCGGGUCCCGUCUUUUUGUCACGGUUGACCGGCAGUUCUGGAUCGACGGUCCAAAUGGCCGACAUCUUUGUCUCGUGUUACCGGCUCUGGGCCCGGACUUGUCUAAGCUUUCUAGGGGUAUCUACUCAAGAGUAAACCCAGCGUUUGCCAGGGAGGUGUCUCUCCAGGCAGCCCGAGCUCUUAUACAGCUCCAUUUGAAUGGGCUUUGUCACGGAGACUUCACUGUGAGCAACAUGGCAUUACGCCUCAUUAAUGAGUUUGAUUUGUACGAAGAGGACUACCUAUUUGAACUUUUUGGACGUCCUCAAACCGCACCCCUCCGAACCUACUCCGGGGAUCCUCCAGGACCUCACGGACCCAAAUACAUUGUGGUCCCCUUAGACUUCUGCUCUUCUGCUACCAACCUGCUCAGCAGCGAAAUCUGCAUCAUCGACUUUGACCAAUCAUUCACAAUCACAGGCCCGCCGCUGGAACGGCCUGGGAUACCGGCAAAGUACCUAGCACCGGAAAUCGCGGUCGGACGACCCGCAAGCCCGGCUUCGGACAUCUGGGCCCUGGGAUGCGCCAUCUUUCGGAUCCGGUCGGGUGACGACCUCUUCUUUGACUAUGAUACUGACACCCCGACCGACGCGCUUAGGCAGAUUGUUAAGGCCCUAGGCGAGCUUCCUGAGGAGUGGAAGCAGACUAGGUUUGACGAGGAGGGGGUCGCCGUUGCAGAUGGAGAGAGGGGUGAGUUAUUCUGGAGUUUGGAAGAGACGCGGUCGUUGGAUGACCGGGUACGAGGCAUUAUUGAUGAGCCACUUGGUCUAUUCAUAAACCGUCUAGGAGAGGCGGUUAACGCCACAGAUGAGAAGCCAGGGGCUGCCAUGUUCGACGAUGAUGCCGCGCUCAGGGAACCCUACUCGCCCGCGUUAAGCUCGAUCGUAUGGAAGCCAACGGCGGUGUGCGUCGCCGGGACCUACUUCAUAGCGUACUCGGAUGAGUUGGAUGGCAUACUCGAAGCGUUCCCAAGGAUAUCAGAACUCGAGGCGUCGUUGCUAGUCGACCUCUUAUCGAAAGUCUUCACGUAUGAUCCGGCGACGCGGCUUAAAGCGGAAGAGUUGGUUACGCACCCUUGGUUCUAUUUAACUGUAACCUCUGGAUCAGAGAUCGAUUCAAAACAGCUCGGUAACCGAUGUCAAGGGAUCCCGAUAGAAUGAAAUAAAUUUAUACUUGUAUCAUCAAACCGCUUCGGCUGCUUUCUAAGCAUGUUUUUCACUCAGUCAAUGUUUAUUUUAUUCUAAAUAACAUGUUCAA